UAGCGUUGCCAGGGCUCGGCACACCCCUUGACUCCCUUGACCUACUUGCCUUGCUAACCUGGAACGCUCCCAGGACAGGUAGGGAAGAGCAACUAGACUGGCUAAGGGAGCUCGACAACUUUCCCUCCUCCUUCGGAGCACCACCCGGCCCAGGCACAAGCUGUCUGGCCCCGGACUGCGGGGCGGAGUUAGGCGCCAACUCGGCUCUGAGACAUAAAAGGCAAGGCGGAGAUCUCCAAGCCUCUUUCUGCGAAGUGGGGGGGAAGCGACCGGAAUCUGGUGAUCCAGGGCCGCUGCUGAUGGCUUUUUUCCCGGGAAAUCUCGCCAGGAGUCCCAGGCGAAGGAGCUCUAAGAUUUGCUGCCAAAGAUGCCUGCCUACCCCCAGCAACACAACAAAAACGAUGGCCAAAGAGCCUUCUGCCGCUUCUUCUGUGGCCCCCUCUUUGCCCACCACCACUAUCAAGGAGGAGCUGCUCUGCCCAAUCUGUUAUGAGCCCUUCAAGGAUGCCGUCACCCUCCGCUGCGGCCAUAAUUUCUGCAAAGGAUGCGUUGGCCGUUCCUGGGAUAUUCAAGCCCAUCACAUCUGCCCGGUGUGCAAAGCGACGUCUUCUCCGGAGGACCUGCGCACCAACCACACGCUGGCCAACAUCGUGGAGAUGUUCCUCAAGCAGGAGAAGCAGCAGGAACAGCAGCGGCGGGCUGAGGAGACUUCCACCCUCUGCUCCUUGCACCGGGAGGAGGCCCGGCUUUUCUGCCUGGAAGACAAGGAGCUGGUCUGCUUUGUGUGCCAAAACUCCAAGCAACAUGCUGACCACAAGAUGAGGCCUGUCGGGGAGGUUGCCAAAGAUUAUAGGGCCAAAUGCAAAGACAUGGAAACCUCUCUGUGGGAUAAGAAGCAAGAAUUUGCAAGAGCGCAGUCUGCUUUCAAACAGAUUGCUAACCACAACAAGGUAGAAAGUGCCAGGCUGGAGAAAGAUAUCAAAAAGCAGUUUGAACAACUGCAUGAGUUCUUGUGGAGUGAAGAGGCGGCCAUACUGGAGGAGCUGCAGGCAGAAACCCGACAGAAAGAGGACCUGAUUGAGGACAAGGUCCAAAAGUUGUCAGAAGAAAGCAAAACCUUGCAACAGGAGGUCGACCAGUUGCAGGCCGACCAGAAAGAAGAUGAUGUCUCCUUCCUCCAGAAACACAAAAACCGGAAACGCAGAAUUGCCUGGACUGCAGAAGAGCCAGAAGCUAUUCCUCCAGGGAUGCUGAUAGAAAUUACAAAAUACCUGGAUUCCUUGCAAUACAACAUGUGGAAGAAAAUGUUGAAUAUCAUCAAAGUAGUUCCAUUCAGCUUUGAUCCCAACACAUCUGCAGGAAGGCUGUCUGUCUCCAGUGACCUCACCAGUAUUUCCACCGGUAACUACAAGCUGUUGGUGGAUGUCCCAGAACGCUUCUCUGCUGGAUUACCGUGCGUCUUGGGCUCCAAGAGCUUCUCCAGAGGAUCUCAUGCUUGGGAAGUAGAUAUUGGCAGCAUUGGUAACUGGUGCAUCGGAGUUGCCAGAAAGCAUUGCGGCUACCAGUGGAGCUUUGGCAGCGAUUCCUAUCUUGGGUAUACAUACAUCUAUCGUAUGCAGGGUGCCAGCAGCAAGCAAUGCCAGUCAUCCAAGUCGAUCCUGCUGGGUGCUGAGAACUGGAAGGACCUCAAGAGAGUCAGAGUAGAGCUGGACUGUGAUGAAGGGGAGCUAUCAUUCUACAGCGCAGAGCAGAAAAGCCAUAUUUAUACUUUUCACGACAAUUUUGGGGAAGUUGUCCCAUACUUCUGCAUCUGUGGUAUAGAUGCUGUUGAGUCUUCAUCUGAGUCACUGAAGCUUUGCCCACUUCAGGUUCAAAUCAAGGAGGAUUAUCCUAACUGAGAAAACUGCUCUUAUUUAUCUCCAUCUAUGUACUUGCCCCCAGAACUGUUAUGAUAGUUUAUAUAUACUUAAACAAACAUAUGUUGAUGCUGUAACACUAUCACUUCAGCUAGUUUAUAUACAGAAGUUGGAAUCUAGAGGAUUUUUUUGCCGGCAAGGCAAGGUGAGGUGAUCGCCUCAAGGAGUGAAUUUGGGGUGAUAUGGGUGGCUGGAGAUGGAUAGUUCCAACUUAGUGGGGACAGUUGGCUCAGAACCUAUUCUAGAUCAGCUACGAAUGGAAAUUGCCCAAGAGCAGGGUGGUAUUUGAGGGCAGGAAGGGGCCUUUGGGUUUGCUGACUACUAGUAUUCAAAUGCCUUGAACUGAUCCUGUUCUCAUUCUUUGCAUAUGUUGUACGGCUUUUGUUAUGACACUACAGUCCACUUCCAAUAAAUUCAUUCCCGACGUGAGCAUAUUAUAACAUCAUGAUGUAAUUGUGAGCUGGCGGAUAUGAUGAAUGGAGGAAACAGACUGUUAUUUCACUGACAGGGAUAUCGCAAGAGGCUUUUUUGGUGUUUAAACAUCUGGUCGGAACCAUCCUUUUUCUCUAGAACAGUAGACUACAUUGCAAUUAAAGUCUAAUCAAAUCUUCUACUGUAUAAGCAAAUGAUUAAUAAAGACAAGACAGAGGACUGGAAAUAGA